AUGAAAGAUAUAGAGGCUUCGAAAAAACCUCAUACCACAACUGUGGCACCACCACAAAUAAAUUUUAUAAAAAAUAAUGAAAACAUUUUCCAACCAAAACCAAUAUCUAAUGUAACAACAACAACUGUACAACCACCACAAAUUGUAUCACCGCCAUCACCACCAUCACCACCACAAACAACUACAAUAGCACCUCCAACAAUAUUGCCAACAACAAAAACUACAACAACAACCACAACAACCACAACAACCACAACAACUGUACAACCACCACAAAUUGUAUCGCCACCAAUUAUAAAUAAUUUAAUUAUUCAAAAUAAUUUAAAUACUCCUUCUCUUUCUUCUACUCCUUCUCCUCUUCCUAAUAAUAAUAAUUCAAAUGAAAAUGAUAAUGAUAUUAAUAAUUUAAAGAUUUCAAAAGAAGAGUAUCAAACUCAAAUUGAAAUUCAACAACAAAUUCAAAGACAACAAAUUUUAGAGAGACAACAACUUUUACAAAGAAGAAAUCAAGAGCAAUUAGAUUUAUUAGAGAGACAUAAUGAUUAUCAAGAAUUAAUAAAUACUCAUCAAAAUUUCGUACCACCAAAUAAUAGAUUCUCACAACAAAUUCAUGUAUCACAAUUAAAAAAGCAAUCAUCUCAAUCACAAUUACAACAACAACUUUCUUCACAAUCUUUACAACAAAUUCAACAAAAAUCUAAACAACCACCACCACAACAACAACAACAACAACAACCACCACCACCACCAAUACCAUUAUUACCACAAAUACACCAACAGUUAAAACCAAAACAACAACAAGAACAACAACAACAACAAGAACAACAACAACAACAAACAGAAAAUGAAAGAAUUAAUGAAUUAAGAAGAUUAAAAAGAAAAAAAGAAUAUCAUAAUGAUGAAUAUAAAGAUGAUGAAAUUUAUUUAGAUAAUAUUUUAAAAGGUAUUGAUAUUAGAAAAUUAGAGAAAUUAACAGCAGUGGAAUUAAGAAAAAUUGGUAAAACUUUGGGUGUCCCAAUGGGUAACAAUACAAAGGGUGAAACAUUUCAGAGGAUUAAAUCAUUCAUUGAAAAUCAUAAGAAAAAGAAACAAAAGUAUAGAGAAUAUCAAAGUGAAAAGAAUCAACAACAAAAAUCAAAUUCAAAAAAAUUAGUAAACAAUAGUACAAUCUAUGAUUUACCAAUUAAAGAUAUUGAACAUUUAGAACAAUUAUUUUGGAGAAUUUUUAGAAAUAUUGUAUUAUUUAGAAAGAUUAUUGGUAAUUUAUCAAGAGGUGGUUUCUUUGAUCAACAGCAACAACAACAACAACAACAACAAAGUACCAUGACAACAACGUCAUCAUCAUCCUCACCAAUGACCUCAAGUGAUGAUAAAUUCUUUUAUUGUUAUAAUUAUAUAUUUAGUAAAACAUUUAAAUAUGAUCAAAUCAUUCAUGUAUCUUGGAUUGUAGAUUCAAAUUAUUUCGGAUUAUUAAAAUAUAAAGUUAGUAGAGGUGAUUUAUUGGUAUUUUGUAAUCAUAAUACCAUUAAUGAUGGUGAUGUGAAUGAUGAUGAAGAUCAAAAUACAAAAUAUGAAUUUUGUAAAAUGUUUAAAAAGAUUUUCAAUUCAAUUCGAUCCAUUCAAGAUAAGUCAUUCUAUAGGGACCUCUUUACAAAUUAUUCAGAAUUCAUAUUUGAUAGAAUUAAUAAAAGAUAUCCAAUCGAUAUUUAUUUAGUUGGUUCAUUAGCUAUUGAAUGUAAUUGUUUGGUUGCAACAAAGCUAUUGAUAUCGGAAUUCCAAUUUAGACCAGUUAUGAAUCAUUCAUUACAAUUGGCUAUUAAGAGUGGGUCUUAUAAAAUGGUGAAAUUAAUCGUAACAACCAUUCAUCGUCAAAUGUCAUUAAAUCCAAAUAAUAAACCAUUUGAUAUUGAAAUGUUUUCAAAAAUUAAUAAUCCAUCAAUUAAAAUCAUUAAUUUAUUAAUUCAAUUAAGAUUAUUCACUUAUUCAAAUAUUAUAAAUUUAGUAAUUGCCGAUGCAAAAUUAAUUAAUGAUAAUAAUGAAAAUGAUAUUUUACAAUUUAAUAAAAAUUUAAAAAAUCAAAUUUUCAAUUAUUCAAAUUUAUUAAAUUCUUUUACUUUUAAUAAUAAUAUUAAUAAUAAUAAUAAUAAUAAUAUCAAUAAUAAUAAUAAUAAUAACAAUAACAAUAAUAACAAUAAUAAUAAUAACAAUAAUAAUAAUAAUUCAAAUUUAUCAAAUAAUACAAUUGAAUAUUCAAAAAUUAAAACUAAAACAGUAUUUAAUCAAUUUACAAUUAAACAAUUAAUAAAUUCAUGUAAACUAAUUGUUACAUUUGAUUUAAAGAAUCAAUAUCAACAACAAUAUUAUAAAAGACAUUAUGAAGAUAGUGAUAAUGAAGAAGAGGAAGAGAUUACUCAAGCAUCAUUUACAAUCAAUACAAUGGCAGAGAUUGAAUUUAUUGAAACUCAAAUUACAAAAGAAGAAAAACAUUGUUUUGUUAAAAAGGUUAUUCAAAAACAGUUAUUAAAAGAUGGUGAAAAAGAAGAUUAUGAUGGUAUAAAGAGGUUAGCUGAACUUUACGUUUCACUUAAUCCACAUCUAAAAGUUUAUUGUAAUUUUAUGUAUAAAAUAAUCUAUGGUAAUGAAAAUUGUUAUGAUCAAGACUUGGAUGAUGAAGAUCUAUUCGAUUAUAGAGUAACCAGAGUUUUUGAUUCAAAUUGUUUUAAACAAUCUUUAAAAUAUGGUUCACCAGGUUAUUGGAUUGAAUAUAAAGAAGUUGAAAUGAAAUAUGCUUUCCUUUCAAAUAAAUAUCGUAAUGAAAUCACUCCAAAUCUUUUAUUUAAAUAUGUUUCACCAAAUAAUUUAAAUAAACAAUUAAAAUUUAUAAAAAAAAUUUAUAAUUCAUCAAUUGAAAAUGGUAAUAGUAAUGGUAAUGGUAAUGGUAAUGGUGGUACAGUAAUUGGUGGAAUUUUAGAUAGAUUAUUAUUAUUUUAUUUAAUAAUUGAAAAUAAUAAUUUAGAAUUAUUAUCAAUUGUUAUUAAAGAAUUUCCAUUAAUUUCAAAUUUUUGUUAUAUUGCAAAAAGUAAUAGUGAAAUUUAUAAUUUAAAAAUUCCAAGAUUUAUUAGAUCAAUUGAAAUGUUAGAAUUUUGUUUUUCAAAUUUUAGAGAUCAUUUUUAUUUACCACAAUCAAAUUCUUUAACAGCCGAUUUUUAUGGUUUUCAAAAUGUUGAACUAUUAAGAAAAUAUGAUCAAUUAAUGGUACUUGAUGAUAUGGAUAAAGGUAUAAUUGUAUCAAAUAAAAAAGUUAGAGCUUCAUUCGAUGAUUUUCAUUUCAUAUUUGAAUGGGGUUCUUCUUUAAAGAAUUAUAAUAACUAUUUGAAAAUGUUGGCUUAUAUAGUUGAAGAUCCAUAUGGUUUAUAUACAAUUGUAACCAAUGAAAUUCUAUUACUCUCUGCAAUACUAUCACCAACUACUUCAUCGGGUGAACCAUUAUUAAAUUUAAAUAUAGAGAGACAAUUAAUUUUCCAAGAGAUAAUUUCAAGUUUUUCAACCAUUUUGGAAGGUACAGAAUUAAAAUAUUAUCCAGAACAAAUGUUUCAAGAAUCAACUCAUCUUAAAAGAUUCUUUGAUUGGAUAUUUGAAAAUCGUAGUGAAGAUUUAUUAAUUGGUGGUAGAUGUGUUAUAACUCAAUCCGUUCAAAGUCAUAUGUUGUACAGAGCUGGUAGAUUGGAUAUCGUAUUAAGAAAAGGUUAUUACUAUGAUGAUACUAAUGAAGGUUCAAAGAAAAUUAUGCCAGUUGGUUUGGCGUUGGUAUUGGAUGAUAUUGGUAAAUAUGGUGAUGUCGUCGCACUUGAAAAAUACAUCAGAUCUUGUAUACCCCUAAUGAAACAACAAUCAGAGUUACUAACUUUACUCGAUAAAGAUGAAAGAGAAUCUAGAGCUUGUUUCUCACAAUGUCAACGUCAUUUCUCUUCUCUUCUAUCAAAAGCUUCGAUCUAUGGUAGAAUUAAUAUCUUUCAACAUAUUUUUUAUAAUCAUCAAUUCAUUUUCGAUAAGAAAUCUUUAUUAUUCGCUAGAAAAGGUUUCCUCUCAAAAAUUAGUUUUAAAAAAUUAAUUUUAGAAUGUCAUUAUCAUAAACAACAUCAUAUUUUAGAUUUCAUUCAAAAUGUAAUUGGUCUUGAUAUAACUCCAAAACAAAUUAAAAGUAAUUAA